AUGGAUGAAAAAUUCUUUAAGAUAGUGUUUAGCAAGGAGCUCACGGCAACAGAUCUUGAGCAUCAGUUGAUUGUUCCAAGCGAAGUCCUCGAGAAAUAUCCAAUUCUUCGUCAAAAUGAGUUUGUGAUCAUUUCAUUCGAUCAGAAUGAAAAGCAAUGGGAAUUUCCCCUAGCCACCCGCAAGACUGGUAAAUAUGCCAAGCCAACAAUGCCUGCAGGCUCGUGGCAUCCAUUCGUACAAGAGUUUGGCCUUCGUGCUGGUGACGCGGUGGUCUUCUACAUAAGCAAAUGCGAUGAAGCUGGUAAGAUACAAGUUCGAGGCAUGAGACAAACUAUCUCACUUAUGGGUACUAAGGUUUGGAAUGAGGUGGAAAAGGUUGACAACCAGGCUUGA